UACACUGAUUCCAGAGCUGCACUGGUACAGGGGAGGGAGCAAUGGCUAUUUAAAGAGGGUAAAAUAACACAAGAUCUUUAGUGCUGAGUAACCGCCUCCAAACAGACACAACAGGAUCAACUGAUCAUCCGUAUCACGGUUUAAAGUGGCAGGUUUUGACACCGUAGUCACGACGGUGCAUUGAUUCACUGUCUUUUUCGAGAGACUGACGAAUCCUUGGGAAGCGGGUCUGCAUAGGAGAAAAUGGGCAAAGAUUAUUACAAAAUAUUGGGAAUCGCAAAAGGAGCAUCAGACGACGACAUCAAAAAGGCGUACAGAAAACAGGCUCUGAAAUGGCAUCCUGACAAAAACAAGACGGCCAAUGCGGAGGAGAAAUUCAAGGAGGUCGCGGAGGCUUAUGAAGUUCUUAGUGAUCCAAAGCAAAGGGAAAUAUAUGACCAGUACGGCGAAGAAGGCCUUAAAGGAGGUGGAGGGGCGACCGACGGGCCAGGAGGCAACUUCACCUACACCUUCCAUGGAGAUCCUCACGCGACGUUUGCCACGUUUUUCGGGGGAGCCAAUCCUUUCGAGAUGUUUUUUGGCAGGAAAGUCAAUGGACGAGAUGACGACGACAUGGAGGUGGACGGAAAUGACCCCUUUGGUUCUUUCACGAGUUUUAACAUAAAUGGAUUUCCACGCGAGCGGCACGUUGGUCAGGGCGGCCCGCCGCGCAGGAAACAGGACCCCGCGAUCCACCACGAGCUCCGGGUGUCUCUAGAGGAGGUCUUUCACGGAUGCACCAAGCGCAUGAAAAUCUCACGCAAGCGCUUGAAUCCAGACGGUCGGACUUUGAGAAACGAGGACAAAAUCCUCACUAUUGAGAUCAAGCGCGGGUGGAAAGAGGGAACCAAAAUCACGUUUCCACGCGAGGGUGACGAAUCGCCUAAUACUAUUCCUGCCGAUAUUGUGUUUGUCAUUAAAGACAAGCCCCACGCCCACUUUCGCCGAGAGGGGUCUGAUAUCGUGUACCCGGUCCGGAUCAGUUUGCGCCAGUCAUUGUGUGGCUGCUCUGUCACCGUGUCGACGAUAGAUGGUAAAACGUGCAAUAUGAAGAUAACUGAUGUUAUCAAACCUGGCAUGAGGAAGAUCAUUGCUGGACAAGGACUGCCCUUCCCAAAGAACCCAGAACAAAGAGGGGACCUUAUUGUGGAGUUUGAUGUGAACUUUCCUGACAGUCUGCCGUCUAAUGCCAAGGAUGUCCUGAAACGACACUUACCGGUCUCAUAAAGUGAGCUUGGACAUGCUUUAGUGACAUUUCUACAUGAACAAUGCAGUCCCCUUCAUAGGUGGACUAAUAUGACAAAUCAAAUUUUGAGAAUGUGCAAUUUCAAUUUUUUAUCUAAAUGUUUGUUAAAUAUAUAUGCAUUUGUUAUAUAUCUGAUACAUAUAUAUGAAUUAUGUUGCAUGCUUGUGAAUGUCAGUGACAGUGCCAACUUAAAGUGCAAUCUGUGUCCAGUUAGUUAUUUUUAUGCUUCUUUUGGACCCACUUUAUAUUAAGUGGCCUUAACAACUAUGUACUUACAUUUAAAUUAAUCAUUU